GACUUGUCAUGUCUUAUUACAAUGAAGCCUUUGAAAAUCCAGACUACCACUUCUCAGAGACACUGGAAAUUGAUAGGAGGAGGAGCUCUCAAAAGAAUCUGUUCCCUCAUCAACCCACUUAUGAUUCUUCACUGCAAGGUUCCUAUGGAGAAGAGGGCAGUGGAAGAGGACAGAAUUACCCUCUGGCCACACCAGUGGCCUCCAUGAGACAUGGCUCUGAAUACAGGGAAGGUUUACCAAGAGUUAAUGUCCAGAGCAGAAGUCCAUAUGGAAAUUCCACGGAUAAUCUUUCCUUUGAGCCUGAGCCAGAGCAGGUAUACAGCCCACAGUCUGCCUUCCAUCAGCUGAACCACCUCUCCAGCCACAGAAGUUCCAAUGUAUCAGAAGAGGGCUUCCUUUGGAGACGCCACCGAAGACCACCUGAUGAAAUCUUCAUGGCUUCUUUUGAAACAGAUCCAGCAUGCAAAGAAGAAGAAAAGUUAGUUGGAGAUCUUGCAAGUAUGUCCACCAGGGAAAGAAUUAAAGCAAUUCAGAAGAUGCCAGAGACCAUGAGAAAAAAGAGGGACAUAAGGAAUAAAGUUCUUAAAGAAAUAGCAAAAAAAUCAAGGCCUGGCAGGACUCAACUCUCCUGCUGUACCCAGCCCUUGCAGGCAACAAGAGUGUCGUUCCGGCGAUUCGGGAACAGCUUGUCAGGAUAUUUUCACCACCUGCGAAUAUUUCACAAGGCUCUGAAGAUCAUUGGUGCUGAGUUUGGAACAAGUGUUCUCUCCUACUUUAUUUUCCUGAAGUGGCUGCUAACUUUCAACGUCUUCUCGUUCCUCAUAAACUUCAGUUUCAUCACAAUCCCUCAGUUUAUUGCAGCAGAACCAAAUAACCUUACCUUCACAGGUCUGGAGCUGAUCACUGGAGCUGGUUAUUUUCAACAAACAGUGCUCUACUAUGGCUUUUACACCAAUGCUACAAUCAGUAAAACAGAGAAUGGUCCAUUUUACAACAUGCAGCUGGCCUACAUUUUCACCGUUGGAAUAUAUUUUGUCAUUUGUUUUUUUAUCUUGUUGCUCAGCAUGGCAAAAUCCUUCGUCAGGAACUUGACUAACCCCCAGACGUACCAAGGGAACGCUAGCAAGCUUCUCUGCGCUUGGGACUUCAACAUCACUAACGAAAGGGCUGUGAAGUUGAAACAAAAGAAUCUCAGCACACAGAUAAAGGAGGACCUCAUGGAUGUAAACCGAGAAGUUGUCAAUUUUUCUGUACAAGAGAGAUUUGUUCGUAUUGUUAUUCAUUUUGCUUCUUGGGUUGCCUCCCUGGCAACAGCAGUAAUUGCUUGUACUGGUGUUUACUUCCUCUCCAUUAACAACCUAAAGCUGUUUGUGAAAGAGCACACAAAUAACCUAGAGAGCCAAGCUGCCAUGUUGGUGCUGCCUGUCGCUGCAUCUCUCCUCAACACGUUCAUCCCAUUCUUCUACUCGUGGCUUGGACACCUGGAGAGAUUUCAGACUCCUGGGCAGCACAUAUAUGUCACUAUUAUCAGAAACAUUAUCCUGAAAAUAUCAGUCGUUGGAAUCCUGUGCUACUACUGGCUGACAGUUGUGGCUGCAUCAGAGUCACAGUGCUGGGAAACUCUGGUUGGCCAAGACAUCUAUCGCCUUGUUCUGGUUGACUUCAUCUUUUGUUUGCUUGGCUCUUUCUUUGGAGAGUUUUUACACAGGAUUAUCGGAACUGCAGUCUGUGAGAGCCUGGGGCGGCCAGAAUUUGAUAUCGGACGAAAUGUUUUAGAUUUGAUCUAUGCACAGACUUUGACCUGGAUCGGUAUCCUCUUCUCACCUCUGCUGCCUGCCAUUCAGAUGAUAGCAUUUUCUAUAGUAUUUUAUGUCAAAAAGGUCAGCCUCAUGAUGAAUUGCCAACCCCCUCGAAAAGUCUGGAGAACUGCUCAAAUGACAACAUCCUUCAUGUUCCUGCUGUUUUUCCCUUCCUUCCUCGGAGUGCUGUCUGUCAUUGGAGUCACUGUCUGGAGGUUAAAACCUUCAGAAAAAUGUGGUCCUUUCAGAGGUUUGUCUUCUAUGUAUGCUGCAGUCUCUGAGUGGAUAAAAAUACUGGAAAGCUUCACUGACUCAAAAUGGGUAGCAUGGAUCUACUAUAACUUAAUUACAAGUGAGCUGUUCUUCUUCAUCCUCUCCACGAUUGCCUUAAUUAUUACUUAUGUUUACUGGCAAAUCAUAGAAGGAAGAAAGACCAUGACCAAACUCCUCAAGAAGCAAAUUCAUAAUGAAGGAAAAGAUAAAAUGUUUUUGCUCCGAAAACUACGAGCACUGCAGAGGGCAAACCAAAACCCCUUGGUGACAAGAAGACAAGACCAGCAGAGAAACUCUUCAUAUGACCUGUCCAGGCAACCUGCCCAGAGAAUGACAGACUACCCAGAAAGGGCAUUUGACAGAAGUCAGAAUACAUCUUAUGAGUAUCCCUAUCCUGCUGGGAUCUGGAGGGGGUCUGACUUCCCACCAGAUUCGGAGGCAUCCCAGCCCAGCAGCAGGCCAGGCAUGUCUGAGGCCCUGGUGCUUGCUCUGCAGGCUCGAGAAGCAGCUCAGUGGGAAGACGAAGAUGACAACAAAUAUUUUUGACUGUGAGCAGGCAGAAACAGUCAUCAGUGUUAAGUCCCUGACUGGUGUUCUGCAGAAAGCAAUACACCUUUCCACUAAGAACUGAAAGAACCUUUCAGAUGGUUUUUUAAAGUCCCUAAAUGGAAGAGCAGAUUGCAGACUGCAUCCUGACUGCAGUUGAUGAUGAUGGAGAAUACCCUGCCUGUUUGGGUUGUUUCUGAAGCAGUGAUAUUCUGGGGACAGGCAGUCUUCCCCCAGGACUGGCUGUUACCUCCAUUCAAGGGUCCCUUCACAGCUGGUCACUUGUUUUUGACUAAAUACAAGAAAA